GCUCAUUUGCAUUUCGCAAUUAGCUUGAGUCGAGUAUUGUUCCUAUCUAGGCACAGAAUAUUGCGACAAAAUGGCAUCUGGUGGAAUGGUACUCAUCAAAUAUCUGUUAUUCUUCUUCAACUUUAUUUUUUGGGUCUCUGGCAUUUGUUUGAUUGGCAUUGGUGCAUGGGUAAAGUCAAAGUAUGGUAACUUCAUUCAUUUAAGCGACAACAGUCUAACAACAGGUCCAGUGUUUCUCAUCAUCAUCGGUGUCAUUGUGGCAUUAGUGGGCUUUUUGGGAUGCUGUGGUGCUUACAAGGAGAACUACUGCAUGGUCACGACGUUUGCUGUGUUGCUGGCAAUAAUCUUCAUCUUGGAGAUCGCAGCUGGAGCUUUGGCUUAUGCUUACAGAGGAAAACUGGAGGAUUAUGCUAGAGAUGGACUGACUAAAGGUGUUGAAAAGUAUGACUCAGAUAAGAUUUACAAGGAUACAAUGGACAAAAUACAAGAUCAGUUUGACUGUUGCGGGAUUGAUGAUGAUGGAUACAAAAUGUACUGGCAAAAUUCUAAUGCAACUGCCGAUGAAGAUUUCCCUGAGUCAUGUUGUGUGAAACCAAGGCCAGGAAAUCUCACCUGUCCAGGAACUAUUAGAGAUGCAGAGAAGGCUAAUCCUGCAGUGUUUAAGAAAACGGGUUGUCUCAAAGGAUUUGAACAAUACCUCAAGGAUCACCUCAUUAUUGUUGGUGGAGUAGGUGUCGGCAUUGCUUUUAUCCAGUUGAUUGGUAUUGUGUUUGCCUGCUGCCUGAUGCGAUCCAUCAAAAAGGAGUAUGAAGUGAUGUAAUGACAUGCUGGCUGGCCAAUCAGCAGUGAAAACAGCAAAUAAUUUAAAACAGUUUUCAGUGUACUUUAACCUUGUAGUAGUUGGUGAAGUUAGGCUAAUGCUGUGUUGUAUGAAUAUUAAUGCUGAGUUAGUGAAACUUUUGAUAAUACAGAAACUCUGAAAUUUAGAAAUGUAGAAGAAUGGCUGUCUUUUUCUGCUCCUGUUAACUUUUUUAGUGGACAUCUCAGGAGCAAAAGACAUGCAAUUGGUGGUUUCAAUUCAUUUGUCUUUUUUAACUUUUUGUUUUUUCAGGGUCUGUUAGUCAUCACUUAUUGACGGCAGCAUAUAGAGUUGUUACUAAGUUAGGCUUUUUACUUCAGAGUCUGUGUGUUAUGGAAGGUCCCAGUAAUUCAAAGUUAUAGCUUUGGUGGUAUAACUUGCAUCCGUGUAUGCAGUACAUUGUAGCAUUCUCUUUAGCAAUGAGUAGGGAGAUAAUGGUCAUUACAUAACGAUUAAAAUGAUUUUCAGUUUCCUUUUGGAAGUCUUAGUGUUUGCGCAUCUUCAUCUCAUCUCAUCAUCAUCAUCAACCUUAUCAACAUCAUCAUCAUCGUCGUCGUCAUCUCCAAUUCAGCAGUUUCCAAGAACAAUUUUUCUUUCAGUAGAUCUGUAAACCUGUGCUUUUCCUUGAACUGUGUGUGAGAUGUAGCAACCUUGUAUCUUCUUUUAACGAAUUUUGUCAAGUGUCUGGGUCGACAAUGUCAUAAUUUAAUUACACCUGCUGUCUAAUUCAAUAGUGUGAUUUCCAGAGCACUAAAUGGGUGCAUUGUUAUUUUGAUAUCUUAUUUAAUUGGUUCUUAUGUCACGUCAUCACCAGACUAAGGCUCCAUUGUUUAGUUUUGGGCUUUUCUCUGUCACGCAAGGUUCGUUUUCUCCGGAAAGCGUGGGGCGCAACGCACCUCCCAGAAGGCUCAACAGGCUUGACUGAUAAAACAUUAGAACAAACAACAGAGAAUAUAAACCUAGCCCUUAAAAUAACAGAGGUUUGUGAAGCAGGGAGUGAAUGGAAAAUUUAGCAGGUUCUGAAGAAGUACGUGACUUUUGAAAGCGUGGUGUUACGUGACAGAGAGAGGUCCAGGGACUCCCCGGACGACCCAAAUAACGCUGCUUGGUUCUAAACACGCUAUAGCUUUGACUCUUGAGGGUAUAAACGGGAUUGUUUUUGUUUGUGUGGUAACAAGCCCAAACGAAAGACUCCUUUUGACAGUUUAAUAAUCAGGUCGUCACGUAACGCUGAUCUCCAACUGUCACGCAACAAUAGUGACUUGAAAGAAUAUUAAUCAAGAAGAAACUGCAUCAGUGGUAGUUGGUUUAUGGUUGUCAUGGAAACAUGACUGGCUUUGUCCGUUUGAAGAUAAGGGUUGUAGUUCAUUAUCCAGAAGUGAUUUACCUGUACGUUAGUUAGUGUGACCUUUUAAAAAGUCAGUAAAUUUUUGGGUUAAGGUC